GCGGCCGCGGUGGAUAGCUCGAAAGCGCUCGAGCAGUUCCGCAGCAUGGGUGGCGCCUCACGCUACGCGUCCGAGGCAAAGUCUUCCAUCAUCGCGAUCGGGCUGACGAUCCACAACUGCCCCGUGGAGAUUCGAGAGAAGAUGGCGGUUCCCGAGGACAAGUGGGAGCACGCCGUCGCGCAGCUGUGCAACUUUCCGCACGUCGAGGAGGCGGGCAUCCUCUCCACGUGCAACCGCCUGGAGAUUUACGUCGUGGGCCUGUCGUUCCACCGCGGCGUCCGCGAGGUGGAGGAGUGGAUGGCGCAGUACAGCGGCGUCCCGCUCGAGGAGCUCAGGGAGCACAUGUUUCUGCUCAGGGACCAGGACGCGACGGCGCACCUCCUGAAGGUGUCCGGCGGACUAGACUCGGUCGUCAUGGGCGAAGGGCAGAUCUUAGCGCAGGUGAAGAACGUCUUCGCGCUCGGCGAGUGCGUGGACGGGUUCGGGAGGCACCUCAGCGGUCUGUUCAAGGCUGCGAUAACCGCGGGGAAACGGGUUCGAAGCGAGACGUCAAUCGCGUCGGGCGCGGUGUCGGUGUCCUCCGCCGCCGCGGAGCUCGUGCAGAUGAAGCUCCCGGGGAACUCGUUCGAGGGGUGCAAGGUGAUGAUCGUCGGCGCGGGGACGAUGUCCAGGCUCCUCGUGAAGCACCUCGUCUCGAAGCGGUGCACGGAGAUGACGAUCGUGAACCGAUCGCGGCCGCGGGUGGAGGAGCUGCAGGCGGAUUUCCCUGAGGCGAACAUCACGAUCAAGCUCAUGGACGAGUUUCUCGAGUCCGCGGCGGAGCACGACGUCAUCUUCACCGCGGCGUCCACCGGGGUCAUCAUCUCGAAGGCUGACCUCGCGAAGAUGCCCGCGGCUGGCGCUUCAGUGGGCGGUCAGCGUCGCCUCGUCGACAUCGCGGUGCCGAGAAACGUCGACGCGGAUUGCGGAGAGGACGAGAGCACCAUCGUGUACAACGUCGACGACUUGAAAGAACUCGUGGAGGCGAACAAGGAGGCGCGCGAACGCGCCGCGGACGAGGCGAGGGAGCUCCUCGCGCACGAGCAGGCGUCGUUCGAGGCGUGGAGGGACUCGUUGGAGACGGUGCCGACGAUCAAGCGUCUGAGAGGCAAAGCCGAGGCGAUUCGCGCGGCUGAGCUGGACAAGGCGAUGGGGAAGCUCGGGGACGGGCUGACGAAGAAGCAGAUGAAAGCGGUCGAGGAGCUGUCGAGGGGGAUCGUGAACAAGCUUCUGCACGGGCCGAUGCAGGCACUGCGGAGCGACGGCACGGACCCGAGCGAGGUUGGCGAGACGCUCGUGAACAUGCACGCGUUGGAGAAGAUGUUCGACUUGAAGAACCAAAACGUCCCGCAGCGAGGAGGACGGAAGUGAUCCCCCGGACGCCUUUGUUUUCUUUUCGCCGCGAGAGAAGACGAGAGGAGACGACAAACGCGAGGGGCGACGACGCGCGCGCGUCUACUAUUAUCACGCGGACUUAGCCGCGACGAGUGUAACACCACAUUGAUUCUACUACGA